AGCUGUCUCCCAACUCCGCACCCCUCUGGAGUCUCCCUGCAGGGAAGCGCGAACACACACGCGUCUCACUUCCUUCUUUAUUUCUCCUCUACGUUAACGAACGCAGUGCCGCGUGGUCGGAGGCGUUUAUUUGUGUUUCUUUUCUUCUGUUCUACGUGGCUUCCAAGCCGGGGACGCCGUCUUCCGCUCUCACCACGAUUGCCCGAUCCCCGCCACGCAUAUUCUUUCUUCAUUAUUUACCCUCCGUCGCAGGCGCUGGGCGGCUAGAACGAUGGACAAGUAUACAAAGGUGAAGGCCAUUGGGAAAGGCAACAUGGGCACUUGCACCCUCGCCCGCAACAACGAGGACGGGCAGUGCUACGUCAUUAAGCAGGUCGACCUCACCCGUCUUAGCAAGAAGGAUCGGCAGCAGAGCCUGAACGAGGCGCGCGUGCUGAGCUCGUUGCGCCACCCGAACAUCAUCAACUACGUAGAUAGCUUCCUCGCGCGCAAGUCGGACAGCUUGUGCAUUGUGAUGGAGUUUGCAGAGGGCGGGGACCUCUGUUCGCGGCUGAAGAAGAACUACCGCGUUAACCUGCCGGAGCGGCAGGUGCUGGAUUGGCUCAUUCAACUCGUCUUGAGUCUCCAGUACAUCCAUCAACGGAAGAUCUUACACCGCGACGUCAAGACGCAGAACAUCUUUCUCACCAGCGACAAUUUGAUCAAAUUAGGCGACUUCGGUAUCGCACGCACGCUCGCGAACACCUACGACCAGGCCCAGACUUUCGUGGGCACUCCUUACUACUUAUCGCCUGAGCUCAUUUUAGAAAAGCCGUACGACCACCGCAGCGAUGUGUGGGCCCUUGGCGUCGUGCUUUACGAGGUCAUGACCAUGAACCACCCCUUUAAUGCGAAGGACAUGAAGGGCCUGCUGCAGUGCAUCCUUGCCGUGCGGUACGACCCGCUUCCAGAGGUGUACAGCAGUGAGUUGCGUGACAUCGUGGCGCGAAUGCUGGUGCGGAAGCCGUCCGACCGCAUUCCGCUGGACGACGUGCUGCGCUUGCCGAUUGUGCAGAACCGAGUUCGGGAGUGGCUGGCGGACCCCGGCUCCAUCUCAAGGCACUACGUGCGCUCGCUGUGCAAACACGGUCUGCUGCCGGCCGACGUGGCGGACGAGGCAGGAGCGGGGGCUGGCAUGCCCGCGCUGCUCACCGUCGGCGAGGCUGCCGCAGCGGCUGCCAUCUCCGUUGACAAGCAGCCGACCUCCUCCGUUUCCUCGGGCAACCCCGACUCCCUCACGCCGAUGUCGGAGCACCGCCUCGCUGGGCCGCCGGUGAGGCUCGGCGGCGGUCACGUUGGCGCGUCCCGCACCCCUGCCACGUUGGAGCUGGCCGGCUACGGGCGGCCGCUGAUGCCGCCGCUGCUGUCGCGGUCUCCCCCGCCCCCCACGUCGCACGCCUCGCCACCGCCGCCGCUGGUGUCGUCAUCGUCGCCGCAGCCGUGUUCGCGCCAGCUACCGGCGAUGCAUUUCCAUCUACCGGGCAGUGUGCAGCCGCUGGCGCUGCCGCUGCCGCCGCCCCUCGUCACGCCGCAGCACUCCUCGCCCACCACCACCCCCGCCCCCGUCAAGCUGUCCUUCUCAGCGCAGGAGCGGCCCACGUAUCGGAAGCGCAGCGAGGUGUCACGGCAGUCGUCUGUGUCGCCGCCGGUGUCGCACAUUUCCAGCGGGCGCAACCGCAAGACCGGCCGACCGUUGGUGCGGCCGUACGUGGCGCAGAUGCACGUCGCACCUUCUCCAUACGUAACAGACCGCAACGGAGUCUUGCCACCCAAUAGUUUCCUCCUCGCCGACCCCCGCAAGCACGCAAACGAGAUGCGGCGGGCGUACCCGGCGGCGCGACCUUCACCUGUGUUUCUGAACCCGCUUUACCGCCCACCCAACCCCGUCACACCCUCGAACAUACACCUCGCACCCAUUCCUGCGCCAAUGUCCGAUAUUAAAACGAUGCUGCAUCGUGCCGCGGUGGACCGUGCACGACGGCGACAGGAACUGAACUGA